GGUGCUGCUUUUAGACAGAGAAAAUAAAAAAUCCCUAGAAACCAAAGAAAAAAAAGAAGCAAUCGUGCCUCCUCCUCCGACGACCACUCGCUUCCUCAAAUCGCGUGAACAUCACUCGAUUUAUCUCUUCUCUCCCUUAUCAUUCGCAGAUCGAAAACCCCAACUCGCACCGAUCAGCGCGUGCCUCCUCCUCCUCCUCGCAACGAGAUUUCAGAUUGGUGGUUCCGAUUCUCCGCCGUGCUUCUCCAACCUCCACUUCUCUCCUUCAUCGUACGAAGUAAGCUUGCCAUGGACAUAGAUCUUCAUCUACACUCAGGUGACCUCCGCAAAGAAAGUGACGAUAACAACAACGUCUUGCACAAUUCAGACAUAGACAUUGGUAGUAAGAUCGAGGAGGAGGACGAUGUCGUCGUCAUGGGACACGUCACAACCUCUGAGUUGGUCGACUACACAGAAAGUAUAAACCUUGAGCCGCUUAACGGCAUGGAGUUCGAUUCACACGGCGAAGCCUACGCCUUCUACCAAGAGUACUCACGUGCCAUAGGGUUCAACACGGCGAUACAGAACAGUCGUAGGUCUAAGACCACGAGGGAGUUUAUAGACGCUAAGUUCGCUUGCUCUAGGUACGGUACCAAGAGAGAGUACGAUAACAAGUCUUUUAACCGUCCGCGAGCUAGACAGAGCAGCAACAAGCAGGACCAUCAUAAUAUGUCUGGUGGUGGUGGUGGUGGUGGGAGGAGGGCUUGCGCGAAGACUGAUUGUAAAGCUAGCAUGCAUGUUAAGAGACGGUCUAACGGGAAGUGGGUGGUUCAUAGCUUUGUCAGGGAGCAUAACCACGAGCUUGUGCCAGCUCAGGCUGUGACUGAGCAGGCGAGGAGGAUAUACGCUGCUAUGGCUAAGCAGUUCGCUGAGUAUAAGCUCUGUGACGCGAAGAGUUCUCACGAGAAAGGUCGGUCGGGAGUUGAGACAGGGGAUUUCAAGACUCUGCUUGAGUUCUUGGAGAGGAUGCAGGGUUUGAGUUCGAACUUUUAUUACGCGGUGGAUCUCGGAGAUGACCAGCGUGUGAAGAAUGUGUUUUGGGUUGAUGCGAAGAGCAGGGGCGGUUAUGUUAGUUUUUGUGAUGUUGUUUCUUUAGACACGACUUACGUGAGAAGCAAGUACAAGACGCCGCUUGCUAUUUUCGUCGGUGUGAAUCAGCAUUAUCAGUAUAUGGUUCUUGGAUGUGCUUUGCUAUCCGACGAGAGUGCGGUUACCUUCUCUUGGUUGAUGGAGACUUGGCUGAAGGCGAUGGGUGGACAAGCUCCGAAGGUUUUGAUCACUGAGCAAGAUUCUGUAAUGAACUCUGUUGUGUCUGUAGUCUUCCCUAACACUCGGCAUUGCUUUUUCCUUUGGCAUGUGCUGAGUAAGGUCUCUGAGAAUCUCGGUCACAAGGAAGAUUUUACGCAGAAGUUCGAGAAGUGUGUUUAUAAGUCAUGGAAGGAGGAAGACUUUGCGAGGAGAUGGUGGAAGAUUCUUGCUAAGUUCGGCCUCAAGGAAGAUCAGUCGAUGCAGUCUUUAUACGAAGACCGGAGGAAAUGGGCGCCGACCUACAUGAGUGAUGUUCUUUUGGCGGGGAUGUCCACACCUCAGAGAGCUGACAGUGUCAACGCUUUCUUAGACAAGUACUUGCACAAGAAGACCAGCGUACAAGAGUUUGUGAAACUAUACGAUACGAUUCUGCAAGAUAGAUUCGAGGAAGAAGCCAAGGCUGAGUCCGAGACGUGGAACAAGCAGCCGACGUUGAAGUCUCCGUCACCGUUUGAGAAGAGUGUCUCCGAAGUCUACACUCCCGCCGUGUUCAAGAAGUUCCAGGUGGAAGUUUUGGGCGCGAUCGCGUGUAGUCCGAGGGAGGAGAACCGAGACGCGACGUGCUCUACUUUUAGAGUUCAGGAUUUCGAGAACAGCCAGGAGUUUGUUGUGACAUGGAACCAGGCCAAGGCGGAAGUCUUUUGCAUCUGUCGGUUGUUUGAGUAUAAAGGCUAUCUAUGCAGACACACGCUCAACGUUCUUCAGUGCUGUCAUCUCUCUUCCAUCCCCUCGCAGUACGUACUGAAACGGUGGACGAAAGACGCGAAGAGCCGGCAGUUUUCAUCAGGAGAGCCGCCUCAGCAGUUGCAGACGAGGCUGCAGCGGUACAACGACUUAUGCCAGAGAGCGUUGAAGCUGAGCGAAGAGGCGUCAUGCUCUCAGGAGAGUUACAACGUUGCGUUCCUUGCGGUUGAAGAAGCUUUGAGAAACUGUGCUGGUGUUAAUACUUCCGGGAGAAGUGUUCCAGAUGUGGUCAGCUCACCAACUCAAGGUCUGGUUUCUGUGGAGGAGGAUAACCAGAGCAGAGGCGCAGGAGGCAAGGCGAGCAAGAAAAAGAAUCCAACGAAGAAGAGAAAAGUGAACUCAGAGCAGGAGGUUAUGCCGCCAGUUGCAGCGCCAGAGAGCUUGCAACAGAUGGAUAAGUUGAAUCCAAGGACAGUUGGCAUUGAAGGUUAUUACGGAGCACAGCAGAGUGUGCAAAAUAUGGUUCAGCUGGACUUAAUGGGUGGGGCAAAUCGCGAUAACUUCUAUGGGAAUCAACAAACAAUUCAAGGAUUGCGACAGUUGAACUCAAUAGCACCAAGCUACGACGGUUACUACACUGCUCAGCCAGGCAUCCAUGGACAGGGAGUAGAUUUCUUCCGUCCUCCCAACUUUCCUUACGAUAUCCGGGAUGAUCCUAAUGUGAGGACUACCCAGUUGCAUGAGGACGCGUCUAGACACUCAUAAACCAAACUGUGGCCUAAGGGCGAUCAAAUCUGAAAGAGCUAAAAUCUCUGCAGAACAGAAGCCAGCGUGUACUAGAAGAAGCUCAUUUGGCAAUCAGUUUUUUUUUUUGGAACAGAACAGAGAGCAUUCUCUGUUUUAUCAGCUCAAGUGUUAAAAAUCGGAUGUUGUAUUGUUAAUAUUGUUUCUGUUUGUACUUGAUAUGAUCCCCAAGCUUGAUCAUUGACUUUUAGAGAGAGAGAGAGAGCAGUGUUUAGAGGAUAUUUCUCUGUUUAUAUAAAUUUCGUUAAUUCUUUUGA